AUGCAACUUGAUGAUAUGGAGAUCCAAAACGACCAGAUGCACGCACAUAUCGUGAAGGACAACGAGUCUCGAUUGCAGCUGGAAGAAGCCGUGGCUAGAUGCCAAAAGCAGUACCACAAAUUGCAGUCGAUGGCAGAUGCAAUGGCGGAACAGUCAUUUAAUUUGGAGUUGAGGAAAGAAGAGAAGGAACCUUGA